UCCAGGAGAAAUCUGCUUGUCCCCGAUCAGGUUUGUUCCAAAGUCCACAGAGCCUCGAAUCUCACCAGACGCAUUUCAGAAGGAGAACUUUACCCUCCACAAAGACUCCGAGGUGAUGGUAACACUGGUGAACCUGGUUAUCGAGCUGCCACGCCCCUAAUAAUGCAAACUCCACUUUAAACAGCAGGGGGCAGCACACCCAAACCUCAGCGCCUCAUGUUGGCUGGAGGAGACCUUCAGAGUUGGAUGUGUGGAGGCUGUGGUGCAGACACUUUUCUUUGUUUCAUAUGCGGCUGCAGGUUCCUGAGUGACGUGGGUCACGCCUCCUCUUCCUCCCCGCCACUGUGUCUGAAGGAGGAUCGGUCACGGAGCAAAGCUCCUGUUUUACAGCCUUUGCUGUAAACUGACACUGCUGCUGGCCUCAGCAACAGCUGACCGUGCUUCAUCAUCAUCAUCCCACUCUGAGGGACGGUCUGCGCAUGCUCAAUCAGCUUCCAGCUCCGCGGACACCUGUUUACUCAUGAGUGUUUGCUUUAACUGUCAAAGCAAUUAUUUUGAAAAUCUGAUAUAUGUUAAAGUUGAACAUGUAUCAGAUUUUCAAAAUAAUUAUACGGUAAUUCAUCUGCGCAGCCGUGUCAGAGUUUCACAAUAAAAAGAAUUUAAAAAAUGAUUUUAAAUGUCAGGAUAUCCUGAUGAAAUCCUCCACGUACUUCACCGGCGUGAUCAGAUUGUAGGAGUUACAAAAUAAAAGCCGCAGUUUACAGAGAUGCGCAAGGAUGCGUUAAAGUGUCAGAUUUUCAAAAUAAAUUCCUGCCAUUUAUUUCGUAGUAAGUUUUAAUUCUUUCCCCUCUAUCAGCUGUUCUUCUGAACAACCACGAGGAGCCUCCGUCACUCCAGCUGUUCCACGCAGACUGUCCACAGUGAUCACAGCCUGCCUGAAGGCGUCCGCGUGUUUUUACCUGACAGGUGGUGUUAAACGCAGUGGGCUCUGCUGUGGGUGUGAGCUCAUUGCUGGACACAGGUUCAUGCUGACUGGGACAAACUGGACCGCGCCCCCCCCCCCCCCGGGCGUGGUGACGUGAACGCGCCUGACAGGAGGAGAGAUGAAGCAGGACGCGCGCUCCCGCUCCGCAGACUCACAGCAGAGCUUCAGCGGACACACGCGGAGGAACCAUGAGGGAGAUCGUUCACAUCCAAGCGGGACAGUGCGGGAACCAGAUCGGGACCAAGUUCUGGGAAGUGAUCAGUGACGAGCACGGCAUCGACCCCGCAGGGAACUAUGUGGGUGACUCAAGUCUGCAGCUGGACAGAGUCAACGUCUACUACAACGAGGCCUCCUCGCAUAAAUACGUCCCCCGGGCCGUGCUGGUCGACCUGGAACCGGGAACCAUGGACAGCGUGCGCUCGGGAGCCUUCGGACAACUCUUCAGACCAGAUAACUUCAUCUUUGGUCAGACAGGUGCAGGGAACAACUGGGCCAAAGGUCACUACACGGAAGGGGCGGAGCUUGUGGACUCUGUCCUGGACAUAGUGAGGAAGGAGUGCGAGCACUGCGACUGUCUCCAGGGCUUCCAGCUGACUCACUCUCUGGGAGGGGGCACUGGCUCGGGGAUGGGCACCCUGCUGAUCAGCAAGAUCCGGGAGGAGUACCCCGACCGGAUCAUGAACACCUUCAGCGUCAUGCCCUCACCGAAGGUGUCGGACACAGUGGUGGAGCCUUACAACGCCACCCUGUCGGUGCACCAGCUGGUAGAAAACACAGAUGAGACCUACUGCAUCGACAACGAGGCCCUUUACGACAUCUGCUUCCGCACUCUUAAACUCACCACCCCCACCUACGGCGACCUCAACCACCUGGUGUCGGCCACCAUGAGCGGCGUGACGACCUCGCUCCGUUUCCCCGGACAGCUCAACGCAGAUCUCCGCAAGCUGGCCGUGAACAUGGUUCCUUUCCCCAGGCUGCACUUCUUCAUGCCGGGGUUUGCUCCUCUGACAGCGCGGGGCAGCCAGCAGUAUCGAGCGCUCACUGUUCCCGAGCUCACCCAGCAGAUGUUUGACGCCAGGAACAUGAUGGCGGCUUGCGACCCUCGCCACGGACGCUAUCUGACCGUGGCCACCGUCUUCCGGGGGCCCAUGUCCAUGAAGGAGGUGGACGAGCAGAUGCUGAAUAUCCAGAACAAGAACAGCAGCUACUUCGUGGAGUGGAUCCCCAACAACGUGAAGGUGGCUGUCUGCGACAUCGCUCCCCGAGGGCUCAAGAUGGCCGCCACCUUCAUCGGCAACAGCACCGCCAUCCAGGAGCUGUUCAAGCGGAUCUCUGAGCAGUUCUCGGCCAUGUUCCGCCGAAAGGCAUUUCUGCACUGGUUCACCGGCGAGGGCAUGGACGAGAUGGAGUUCACGGAGGCGGAAAGCAACAUGAACGACCUGGUGUCCGAGUACCAGCAGUACCAGGAAGCCACCGCCAACGACGGCGAGGAGAACUUUGAGGACGAGGAGGAUGAGAUCAACGAGUAAGAGUAUGGAGGACCACAAGAGCCACACGUAUCGAAAUAAAGAAAUCUGUGCUUAAAUAAUGAAUUGUACAAUAAAUUCUGCAUUUGUAAAUUCA